CCCCCCGUGUCUGUUGAUUUGAAAACCGCUGAUCAGAAGUCAGUGUGCGUACUCUGAUUUUACGGCUAACAGCGAGGAUAAGCCUCCCACGAAAACCGAUUCAAAGUCAGUUUAGUGUCCAAAGACCAGUGGUUUGUAUUUGUUGUCACGAGAUGCUCUACCUCCAAAAAGAGGCCAAAAAGUAAACAGAAAUCGAGGUAGUAGCUAGAAGCAGGGAUGUGGAAAUACUACCGGCUAACUAACGGCACCUUAGUCAACGGUUGUACUGUUGAAACGAGGCCAGGUUUGUUUUUUUAGAAAGCCCAGAAGACAUCCAUCAAAAGGGAAGGGAAGACAAGAUGGAGAUGCUGUGUUUCCGGUUACCGGGCCACGGGGACACAACUCUGAAGCACAUGAAUACACUGAGGUCCCGCCAGCAGUUCUGUGAUAUCACCAUUGUGGCCAGCAACAACCAGACAUUCAGGGGACAUAAGGUGGUGCUGGCUGCCUGCUCGCCCUUCUUACGGGACCAGUUCCUCCUUAACCCAUCCCCCAAGCUUCAGGUGUCGAUGCUGUACAGCUCCACAGUGGUGUGUGAUCUGCUUCAGUCUUGUUACACUGGCGUCCUGCAGUUUAACCCAGAGGAGAUUGUCAACUACUUGACCGCUGCCAGCUACCUACAGAUGGAGCAUAUUGUGGAGCGCUGCCGAGGAGCCCUGAAGAAGUACGUGCAGCUAAAGAACCCCAGUCCACCAAAGAUGACUUCAGAGGAGAACCAGUCUCGACCGGUGAUUGUCAGCGGAAGCAUUCAUUCUGUUGAAACUGCAUCUCAUCCCACUGGCCGACCCUCCCCUGUGCACCCCCACAGUCCUGUAGUACGCUCAGUGGAGGAGAACAACGGCGAUAUGUCUGUUCAGGGCAGCUGUCAACACCACGAUGACAGUCCCAUGGUGGAUGAGCCAUAUAUCAAGGUUAAUGCAUCAGACGAGGAGGAAGAGGUCAGACAUGAGGAUUAUGAUGUGUUCAGAGUGUAUGUCUCUGAAGAAGAGCAGAUGAACAGAGACAGGGAGGAGGAGAGAGGAGCUCCCUCUGAUGGACCUCAAGAUGUGUGUUACCCAGAGACAGAAGGUGUCGUGAUUGAAGGAGAAGGCAGUGAAUAUGACUUGAAUCCAACAGAAGAAGAUCUCGGUACUGGGGAACUUUCAGUUCUCCGCGCUUUCAGGCGCAAGCUGUCUGACCCUAAAAUUGGCCAGGGCAGAGGGAGAGGCAGGGGGCGGGGGUUUAAGAGGAGAAAGUGGGUGUCAUCACAGGACAAAAGGCCUGCAGGUAUGGAUCGCCACCAGGAUUUGUGGUAUCUAGCAACUGCAGGGAUGGGAGGGAGUUUUGGGCUGGACUACACCCAAGAAGGGCUUAAGACAGGAGGUUACGUCUCAGUUGAACUCCCAGGGUUAGACUUCACCAUGGGCGACACUCGGGGCGAAAAGGUCUCACCAAUGGAUGCCAACAGUUUGACCCAGUACGCCUUGGAGGAGUCUAGUUGUGGUGCUGGUGAGGGAAGUUCAGGGUUGACAACUGUUGGAACAAAUGAGGGAGGGGAUGAGUCUGUUGCAGUGGUGGGGUCCACUUCAAGUGUAGCUGGACCUGUAAUCUGUGAGCACUGCGGCAUGACAUUCCCCUCGGCCCACUCCCUAGCCAUCCACUCCCGCUCCACUCACCUGCUGUACGCCUGCCCCUGCUGUGGCAAACACUUCCACCACUCCGCCAACCUCACACGACAUAUGGCCGUGCACCGAGGCUCCGGCAAAACUCACCAGUGCCCCCUCUGCUAUAAGACUUUCACCCAAAAAUCCACACUGAUAGACCACAUGAACCUCCACAGUGGUGAGCGGCCACACCGCUGCGCAUACUGCCAUGCCCGUUUUGCCCACAAGCCUGCCUUACGACGCCACCUGAAGGAACAACAUGGAAAAACCACAGGACAGAACUCCCUACAUGAGCAGGAGGAGAGGGAGAGAGCGAGAGGAGCCGCUGGAAAUAUACGAGAGGAAGAGCAAGAAUGCCUUGUUACUGAACAAGUGCCAUAGGCCAAAACAUUAAAGACAGUGAAGUGUCUAAACAUAUAAAGCUCAUCAGGCUCGACAGCUUACUGCAGUUAAAUUUGAGUGGCAAGCUGUCCAGUGGGGAGAUCGGUCUGUGGUCUGUAAGCUGACUAUGAAGCCCUUUAAAAUCUCAGACUGUGAAAAUAAAAGCCCUUUCACAUUCAAAUUUGCAUAGAAAUAUGCAUACCAAAUGAUAGAUGUGGGUAAAAAUGACUGAGUGCACAGUCCUCCACCCUCUUACACUGAGAAAAGAGGCCCUUUUCAUAAGACAUUUUGACUAGUCAUAGAAGGAAAAGAACAUUUUACUAAUAACAUUAACAAUGGUUCUGUUGUAUUCAAAUGUCCCAGUAAGUCAUGACAGUGUGAGCCAGCAUGCACAACACCAGGACCCUGAAGCAGCUAACACCUGUGCUUUUCCUACUGUGACAUGUCAAGGUGUCCUCAGUGACAAAAGGCCUGUUGAUUUUUCUUAGACUAGUUUUGAUUAGUUUGAUUCAGAACUGUAAUCUUAAAUUUGAAUAUAUGUAAUACAUGUUCAGUACGAUGACUGGCCACAGUUCAGAGAAAAGAUGAUGUAAAAAAAAAAAAAUAAUAAUAAUAAUUGGAAAGUC